CUCUAGCUCGCGAUCCUGGUUUUUAUCGCAAGAAUGAACGUCGUCGACGUGCACAGACUCAAGGAGGGUGAGGUGGACCUCGGUACAUCUAUCAUGGCUGUCGCAUUCGAAGGAGGCGUCGUCAUUGGCGCGGACUCGCGGACAACGAUGGGAUCCUAUAUUGCCAACAGAGUAACAGACAAACUGACGCACAUAUCCGACCGGAUAUACUGCUGCCGCUCCGGCUCGGCAGCCGACACGCAAGCCGUCGCGGAUAUCGUGACGUACUACAUGGCCAUGUUCGGCGUGGAGCACGGCCAGCCGGCCGUGCACACGGCCGCACACCUGUUCCAGGACAUGAUCUACCAGAACAAGGACCGCCUCAGUGCCGGCAUCAUCGUCGCAGGCUGGGACAAGAAGAACGGCGGCAGCGUCUGGAAUGUACCCCUCGGCGGCGGCCUCUUCCAGCAACCCUGGGCGAUUGGUGGCUCGGGCAGUGCAUACAUUUACGGAUACUGCGACUCGACAUGGACGCCAGGAAUGAAUCGCGAGCAGACGAUUGAGUUUGUCAAAAAUGCCCUAAGCUUGGCCAUGAGCAGAGACGGCUCAUCAGGUGGCACGAUCAGGAUGGCUGCCAUCUCAGAAGAGGGUGUUGAGCGAUUCUUUGUUCCAGGGGACCAGCUACCAGUGCUCAGUGCCAAACUCGUGUAGAACAUUGUACAACUAUGGGUAUAAGAACCACUCGACUCCAACCUGACUGCGCAGGUAUGCGGCAUUGGCAUUCUGUGCUAUGAUACAAGAAAGGGUGACUCUGAACCCAACAGACAACGGCGCACGCAGCGGCCAACGAGCUAUGUUGCUGGUCGAAGCGCGCGUAGCCUCUCAGCGAGCUUGUUGUCCUCCUUUGGUUCCGGGGCCUUCUCGGCUUGCUGCAGCUCUGCGACUUUACCCUCCAAUGCCGCUUCGCCGAGCUGGUGGUUGAGCUCGAUGCCGUUCUCAUCCGCUACCUGCUGCAGUAGGAGGUCAACCUGGUCCUGUGGCGUGACUGAUGCGGUUGUUGCUCCCAUAGUGCCUUCCAUAUACGAAGUCUGUACAUCCAUGUCU